GAAUUUACCCCCAGACAUGGCUAAAAUCCUGGGAGCUGGCAUUUCAGUUCCCCAUCAGGAAGAACGGGAAGCUAGGGCGGCCCCAACAGCUGCCUUUGAGAACCGGCCCAAGCCACGACAGCCUUGCAGCCUGAGGUCCCCCGAGGUCCCAGAAACUGGCUCAGCAGGGGCUGCAGAAGUGGUGGAACUUUCCUGAGGACAGUUAGUGCCCCAAGGAGCCCGAAAGUGCCCCUGCUGUCUGCUCACGGCGAGAAGAUCAUGGCCCUCCACCCUCGAAGAGUCCGGCUGAAGCCCUGGCUGGUGGCCCAGGUGGACAGUGGCCUCUACCCUGGUCUCAUCUGGCUGCAUAGAGACUCCAAACGCUUCCAAAUCCCCUGGAAACAUGCCACACGGCACAGCCCCCAACAAGAGGAAGAAAACACCAUUUUUAAGGCUUGGGCUGUGGAGACUGGGAAGUACCAGGAAGGAGUGGACGACCCUGACCCUGCUAAAUGGAAGGCUCAGCUCCGCUGCGCUCUCAACAAAAGCCGGGAGUUCAACUUGAUGUAUGAUGGCACCAAGGAAGUGCCCAUGAAUCCUGUGAAGAUCUACCAAGUGUGCGACAUCCCCCAGCCCCAGGGCUCUGUCAUUAACCCAGGGUCCACGGGGUCUGCUCCUUGGGAUGAGAAAGAUAACGACGUGGAUGAAGAUGAGGAGGAGGACGAGCUUGAUCAGUCGCAGCACCACGUCCCCAUCCAGGACACCUUCCCCUUCCUGAACAUCAAUGGCUCUCCCAUGGCUCCAGCCAGCGUGGGCAACUGCAGCGUGGGCAACUGCAGCCCUGAAUCCGUGUGGACCAAAACAGAACCUCUGGAGAUGGAAGUACCCCAGGCACCCAUCCAGCCGUUCUACAGUUCUCCAGAGCUGUGGAUCAGCUCUCUCCCCAUGACUGACUUGGACAUCAAGUUUCAGUACCGUGGGAAGGAGUAUGGGCAAACCAUGACGGUGAGCAAUCCUCAGGGCUGCCGGCUCUUCUAUGGGGACCUGGGCCCCAUGCCCGACCAGGAGGAGCUCUUUGGUCCUGUCAGCCUGGAGCAGGUCAAGUUCCCGGGUCCAGAGCAUAUCACUAAUGAGAAGCAGAAGCUGUUCACCAGUAAGCUGUUGGAUGUCAUGGACAGGGGACUGAUCCUGGAGGUCAGCGGGCACGCCAUUUACGCCAUCAGGCUGUGCCAGUGCAAAGUGUAUUGGUCCGGGCCGUGCGCCCCCUCACUUGCUGCUCCUAACCUGAUUGAGAGGCAGAAGAAGGUCAAGUUGUUUUGUCUGGAAACAUUCCUGAGUGAGCUCAUUGCCCACCAGAAAGGACAGAUAGAAAAGCAGCCACCCUUUGAGAUCUACUUAUGCUUCGGGGAAGAGUGGCCGGAUGGGAAGCCCCUGGAGAGGAAGCUCAUCUUGGUUCAGGUCAUUCCAGUGGUGGCUCGGAUGAUUUACGAGAUGUUUUCCGGUGAUUUCACCCGGUCCUUUGACAGUGGCAGCGUUCGGCUGCAGAUCUCCACUCCAGACAUCAAAGAUAACAUCGUCGCCCAGCUCAAGCAGCUGUACCGCAUCCUUCAAACCCAGGAGAGCUGGCAGCCCAUGCAACCUGCCCCUAGCAUGCAGCUGCCCCCUGCCCUGCCUGCCCAGUGAUCCUGACGGCGGUGUGUCCUCUUCUCUCCUCUCUCUUUUUUAUAUUGUACAUACAGAUUUUUUUUUUAAUUCACACUUAACCAACUUUUUAAGUCUCCUUUCUCUGACAUCCUUAGAGGUCUGUGACUUUCCAAAUAUUCUUAGUUUUGAAAAUUGCUCUUUAACUUAUCAAGAUGCCACCCCUCUGAGGGGUUCCUUUUAGAUCUUCCACAGUGGGUGUAGGAGAUUUGAUUUGGGACGCCAGAGUUGUAGCUGCAGCUGUGCUUCCGGGAGGCAGGUCCCUUUAGCUUGAGGGCUUCAGAUGUCUCACUUGUAAAUAAAUAAGGUUUGGGAUGACGUCCAGCUGCACUCAGCCUUAAAA